CGCGGAGGCGGGUUUGAACCGUGGCGGGCGCUGUAAGCUGCCGGGCUGUGCCGCCAAUGGAGCCCGUCCUGAAAGGUAUUUCUGCAUUUGUGGAAGUUUGGUCAUCUAGCAGAACAGAAAAUUACUCAAAAACCUUCGAACAGCAACUUCUUGAUAUGGGAGCAAAAGUUUCAAAAACUUUGAACAAGCAUGUGACCCAUGUAGUCUUCAAAGAUGGACGUUUGACUACAUGGAAAAAGGCACAGAAGAUGGGUGUAAAAAUAGUUUCUGUACUCUGGGUGGAAAAGUGUCAAGAAACUGGAGUCCAUGUUGAUGAAUCCCUAUUUCCUGCAGUAGACGCUAAUAAAGGAUUUCUACUACCAAUCAAAAAACACAAAUGUAUGCAGCCAAAAGACUAUGUUGAAAAAACUCCAGAAAAUAAUAGAAAGCUUCAGAGAAGACUGAGCCAAAUAGCUAAAGAAUUGGCUCUACAAAAAACAGCAGUUAAUGCUGAAACAGAUGUACCGGUUUUAUUGUUUGAAGACAACGGUUCACUUAUAUACAGCCCUGUUAAUAAGAUAAAAGAUCAAUGCAAUGCAAUGGAAAGAAGAAUAAAGGAUAUGAGGGAAAAAAGAGAGAAUCCUUCUACUGGUUCACAAAUGACUCAAACACUUCCAAGUAGCUUACCAGGAGACUGCCCACUUUCUACUUGUGUCUUAACUAAUUCAGAAGAUGUGCUGCUACCAGAAGAACAAAUGGAAGACUGCUUGAACUCAAGUUGUGAUUAUCUUUGCGGAACUGAGAAAUCAAAGAGACAGAGGACAGAGGUAGCAAAACAUGCCUGUCAUACUUGGACUGAUAUUCAUAUAUCCAUGAGCACAUCAGUGAAUUCUCCGUCGCAUGGCAAUGAGCAGAAGAGCUUAACACCAAAACGACAUGCCAGAAGUUUAACAAAGAAACAGAUUAUACAGCACACUUUGGAUGACAGAUUGUCUUUAGGAAAGAAACAUUUAAAGUUUCCAAAGAAAAAUCAGAAGAAUGAGACGUGCAAGACUACUUCAAUUGCAAAUGGAAGUUCUCUUCUUGAGGGCUUUGGUCAUAUUAGUCCUUCCAAAAAAAUAGUCCAGUUAAAUACUGCUCCUGCUUUGAUUGACAGUUUCUCUAAUUCAGCUAUGAAUAGUGAAGACUUAGAUGCAUGUUCACUGGAUAAAAGCUUCCCUGUUGACAGAAAUGAUUAUAUUCUUGAAGACAAGAAGAGGAAGAAACUACAAACAUUACCAGGUUUGAAGCUGGCUACCUCAGAACUGGGUACAUCAUGCUCUAAGGGGUUCUUGCAAGCAGUUACUAUGUAUAGCAAGUCUUACUGCGCUGAAGAGGCUUCUUAUGAAGACUUCUUUUCAUCAUCUAAUUCAAAUGAAAAUGAAGUACGAAUACAAGUACCAAAGGAAUCACAGAAUCCUUCUGAAGUUUGUUGUAAAUACUCUUUUACAAGCAUGGACCUACAUGAUGUGAGUUUCUGUGAGCUACAUAAUACUGGCAAGAAAAGUAGGAAGAAGUCUAUUUCAGUGAAUGAUUUUCCACUAAAGAAAAAAAUCAAACCAGCUAAACGUCCUGGAAGCAUACCAUUAAAUAUAUCAGGUGGUGAAAAAGAUGACACUGAAGAAGCUCUAGAUUCUGAUGAUGUGAAUAGGCUGCCACAGCAUGCUCAUGAAAAAUUCUACAACAAUGUGAAUUACUGUGCUCAUACUACUGGUGAUGAAAAUGAAGUUUCAGAGUGUCAUGUUACUGAUGGCUCUUGCAAAGUUUUUAACAAGCGAAAGAGUAAGCACACUGGGGGGCUUAAGAAAAGCUGGAAGACUCCAAAAGGUUCUGUGGUCUUUGGAAUUAGGCCAUUGGAUCUCAGAGGAGCCAUAUGAGCUUUCAUCCAGCUUCCCUGCGGCUCCUGUAAGUGUAAUGGUCCUUUAAGCUUGUGAACCUUCUUUUGUUUAUCUGGGAAAUGAUUUGUCCUCUAACUAGGUUUUGUGAAUAAGAAAGCCUACUAGAAAAAUAUUUUUUUAAAGCAAGUACUGUGAGGAGUUAUUUUCUUCUUCGUCCACUACUUUUUGAAAUGUGUGCAAAAACUUUGGUACAUGUGGAAAAUGCAAAAUAUUGAUUCACCAAUUAACACCUGAAUAAACCAGCAUUUUAUUGAAGUAUUAAUGUACUUUAAUUUUAUUUCUAUCUGUACCUGUGUACAAACUGGAGAGGCACGUUAUUGCCAAAUGGAAAGAUUUUCAGGUCAUGCAGGUCUCAAUUUUUUUGGCCCAGAAUUUACUUGGGCAAUGGAAAAUUACUGUGGUCUUCUAGAACUGCUAAGUAGGAAAAAAUGAAGCAUUUUUCCUGCCUCUAAUAGUCAUUCUCAAGUACUGAAAUGGGAACCAGUGCAAAAGUGGGUAUGUGGGGGCAUGAUGUACCUGUGUAGACCUCAGUCCACUUCAUGUAUUGUAAUUGAUUAAACAGGAAUUUUAUUUUGGUUUCAAAACAAGUAGAAUUCUAGUUGGUUACUAGUCAAUCAUUCCAAUAAUUUUCCCUCUACUAAAUUCAUGUCUGCAAUUUAUUUCUCAAAGUUUCAUACAGGCUUUGAAG